UCUCCACAGCUCAGUUCGCCAGGAUUCCUCUGCUUCUCUUCAACUGGAUUAUGGGUCAUGAUAGAUCAGGUCCAGGAUGAUCCGGAUCAUCUGGAUAAUCAGGACUUCCUUUAAAUGACUCGAAGAGGAAUCGGUGUGAUGGGACAGAGAGAGUCUGGGGGGAUUCACACGGACAGCCGGGAUCAGAGGAGGAGAUUUUAGCUGCAUUACAGAGAAAUUACUCUGAGAGCGGUGUGAUGUCUGAUAACACAUCACUGGUGUCCGUGUCUAACACGUCUCUCCCGCCGCUGCUGAUGGACUGGACGGCUCCCAGCUUCACUCCCGCGGCUCAGGCCCGUGUCGCCGCCACCAUGGUGCUCUUCCUCUUCGCCGCGGUCAGCAACCUGGCGCUCCUCAUCAGCGUGUCUCGGGGUCGCGGCCGGCGUGUGGCGUCUCACCUGCGUCCUCUCAUCAUCAGCCUGGCCGCCGCCGACCUCAUGAUGACCUUCAUCGUGAUGCCGCUGGACAUGGUGUGGAACGUGACGGUGCAGUGGUUCGCCGGAGACGGGCUCUGUAAGCUGCUGUGCUUCCUCAAGCUCUUCGCCAUGCAAACCUCCGCCUUCAUCCUGGUGGUCAUCAGCCUGGACCGGCAUCACGCCAUCCUGCGCCCGCUGGACUCCCUCAACGCACACCACAGGAACCGGAGGAUGCUGCUGCUGGCCUGGAGCCUCAGCGCGCUGAUCGCAUCGCCGCAGCUGUUCAUCUUCCGGACGGUCAAAGCGAAGAGCGUGGACUUUACUCAGUGCGUCACACACGGGAGUUUCGGCGAGCGCUGGCACGAGACGGCGUACAACAUGUUUCAUUUUGUGACGCUGUACGUGAUUCCGCUGCUGGUCAUGAGCUGCUGUUACACCUGCAUCCUCAUCGAGAUCAACAGACAGCUGCACAAGAGCAAAGCGGGAGAGUCUCUGAGACGCAGCGGCACAGACAUGAUCCCGAAGGCCCGGAUGAAGACGCUGAAGAUGACCAUCAUCAUCGUCCUGUCGUUCGUGGUCUGCUGGACGCCCUACUAUCUGCUGGGCAUCUGGUACUGGUUCCAGCCGGAGAUGCUGCAGGUCACUCCCGAGUACAUCCACCACCUGCUCUUUGUGUUCGGGAAUCUGAACACCUGCUGUGACCCGGUGAUCUACGGCCUCUACACGCCCUCGUUCCGCGCCGAUCUCGCCCGCUGCUGCCUGCCGGACGCCUCGGACUCACCGCGCUCUCUGGACCGGCUCUCGGCCCGACACGAGUCCGACCCGGCCAGCGUCAAGAGCACAUAAAGAUCUCCACGUCUCUGACAGAGCUUCUGGAGAGCCUAGGUCAAAGAGAUUGUGGUGUGUGACGCAGCUCUGAGUGAAUGAAAGCAUCCUGCGAAGUGUUAAAUCUGUAUAAAGUCACUGUCUCUCGAAAGAAAGAGUCGAAUGAGUCGUUUUUUUAAACGAUGUUUGAUGUCAGCAUAAAAGAUUAGCGUAUAGCAGAGCGCAUCGGUCUUCUCUGAAUGAAAACGCAGAUUCAUUCUUCACCACUAGGUGUCUCCCUAGGAGCGUUAAAAUAUCUGUUUCCACGGUAACGCUGUACACAACGCAGAACCGCCUCACAAACGCUGCUUUAUCAGACUCGGCCAAUCACUGCAGAUCACUGCAAAGUUAACAGUUGGGCGAGUUGUUUGGGAGUAAGGUAAAAAUAAAUGCAUAUUAUAAGACGAGUGUUUUUCACCUUGUGUGCAUGUGUACAACUUUUCUUUACCCCGAAUUGCCGCACUUCAAAAAAAAUGGCUAUUUUUGUGCUUAAUAUGCUAUAAAAGUGGUUCUUCGGUACAGCGGUGUGUGUCUGAUUGGAGUUGGCUCAUCAAGACCAGUUUGAAUUGUGCCGUUUCAUGUUAAUUCUCAUUAAACACGUUUUGGAUUAGUUGUAAUUUUAUUAGGGUCUCGUGCGUGAAAACAUGACUGAAGGGAAAUCAUACGAAAGAAUGGAUGAUUUUAUUUAUUUAUUUUUGAGUGCAUAAUAGGAAACCAAUGUCUUCAGAAGAGUUCCAGUAUUAUUCGAUUUUUAAAAUUCCCUUUGUGUAAAGAGUAAUAAAUGUUCAGAAGCGCAGCGCAGCUUUGUUUUCAUGCCGCCUGUCUGCCAUGUUUUUGUUCAGACCAAUGAUAAAAUCAGAUGACGAUAGUCCUGUUAUCAGACGUGUUGAGAUAUUUAGAAUGCACAUUAGCUGAUGUGGAACCGGUUAUAGAGCAGAUGUCAUUUUAUUGAUCAUUCUGACUCAUCCUUCAUCACUUCUUUUUUUUUUAUUUAAACGUAGUGUGUUUCAGUAGACAAGCAAUCCAUUUUUUUCAUCUUUUUAUUUCACCGUUUAUGCAAAGAAAAAGCUGCUGAUUUUAUUUGUUGGCUUUUGUCAUAAAACUUGGGGUGUGUACUUUUUUAAUAUUUCUAGCACAUUUUAAGGCCAUGUUUAACAGUUUUAAGUAUUGUAUAAAAUUGGUAACUCUCUGUAAAAAUGACCUCA